AUGGCGCCCAAUGCAGACUACGAAGCUCAACAGAACCUCAUCGAGCCCGAUACCCCAUCGCAACCCACCCAGACCUCCACACAACAACCGAACAUCAUGUCACGACUCAGCAUCCCCAUCGACGCUCUGACGUCCAGACUGAACCUCGCUGGUCGCUUCGACGGCCUGCAGUCGCAGUCGCUCUCCGGCCGAUUCGCCAAUUUGCGCCCCAUUACCGAGUUCUUCGACGUAAAGCGCAUCUCCAAGCCAGCCAACUUCGGCGAGGUGCAGAGCAGAGUCAACUACAAUCUGAGCUACUUCUCGAGCAACUAUGCCGCGGUCUUCGCCAUGCUCAUCAUCUACAGCCUGCUCACCAACCUGACCCUUCUCUUCGUUAUCAUGAUGCUCGUUGGUGGUAUGUACGGAAUCGGCAAGCUCCAGGGAAACGACCUACAAAUUGGUAGCUGGCGCGCGACCACGUCCCAGCUUUACACGACGCUUUUGGUCAUUUGCAUCCCGCUCGGCUUCUGGGCUUCCCCAUUCAGCACUGUUCUCUGGCUCAUUGGAGCCUCUGGUGUCACCAUUCUGGGCCAUGCCGCAUUCAUGGACAAGCCAAUCGAGUCAGCUUUUUCCGAGGAGGCGGUCUAG